CGGGCCGCAGGAAGCACACUUGGUUGAAUGGCCAUCAAAGCAGCAAUCAGCGGUAAAUAUGUGAUGAUGCCCCGCUUCUCCGAACCAGACACCGAGCGGACUGUCCGAGCCGGGGAGAGUGCGCGCGUUGGCACCGCCGGGUAGACGCUGCAUGCCGCGGGUUGGCCGCGCGCGGAGCCCUGGCUGCUGAACCAAAUCCCAAGUCGCUCCCUGGGGGGAAUUGAACAGUGAUGGACAGCUGUUGGACAGUGAUCCGGCGCCGAGGCUGACGGCGAACUGACCGUGUUGCAAACGCACGCUGCACCAUGGACCAGGGGGGUGUCGUUUGCGGCUGCCACCGGAGGAGAAGGAGCAGCGGCCGGUGAGUUGGUCUCCUCCGCUCCCAUCCGCGCAAGUGUGCGGAGGAUCGUGAUGAUGCUCGGCGGCCAAACGUGAGGCUCCCCCACCGCUGUGCGGGCUGCGAUGUCACGGUGCGUCUCGGAGGAACCGCCGACAUGGGAUUCGCCUUUUUAAAUCCUCCUCCAGCGUCUCUCCUACGCACACACCGCUCACAAGAACCCAGGAAACAUGUGCGCAGAUAUAACGGAUCCACGGUGUAAUUGACGGCGCUGCGCUAUGAUCUCCAGGGACUAUCUGCUCGGGUGUAAUGGUUUCAUCGUGUGCGUUGCGCGCUGCCGUGCAACCUCUCCAUGGAUGGUACUUAAUUGGGCCCAAUGAUGUGGAGCCAAAUCCACCUGGACCACAUGUUUCCUCCCCUAUGUGCGCAACUGGCUCCCUUGUGACUUUUGCGCAUGUUCAAUUGUUUUCAUCCCCGGAGGUGUUUUUUUUUUAAAUCACCCCUUUCUUAAUUGUUUUGGAUAAUUGCAUGUCGACUUUGGAGAAGAUUUUAAGAGUAAACAUUGCAAGCUGUGACAGUUUCCAGUUUAUCAGAAAGAUAGAAAGCGCACAGAUUGUGACCAACUAUGGGACAUUUCUCCAUCAGUGCGCGUUUGUUGCGCCUCCUCGCUGGGACUAAAUAGUUUCCUGACACUGUUUGUCGGUGGAGCUAAACUUUCCCUGCAGUUUUCAUUAGUUUAGGACACAUCCUACUGUCGCCUCCAGCCAUCCAACAUGUCCAGAUCGAACAGUGUCAGCCCACCCGGUGUCGGUGCGCCGAGGCUGAGGGGAGGGACCGAGCACAGAGCAGCUUGGGGAGAGUCUGAGUCCGUGGCCAAUGGGUGCCCAUACUCUGCCAGAUCCCCGCGCAAGAAGCUCACCCGGACUAACAGUCGGUGGCGAGAGGAGGAUGAUCCGGACCACCGGCAGCCCGGGCGAGCCUCCACCACCGUCAGCAGGGUCAGCUUCAGGUCCAGGUCGGCUUGGCAGGACCAUGGCGAGGAGAACCGAGGCCGCGCGUCCCCGAAACGCCCCGACGACGAGGUGAGACCCAAGUCCGUGGAGCUGGGUCUGGAGGAGCGCAGAGCCAAGCAGAGGAGCAACGACGAGGAGGUCAUGCCCGAUGUUAACUUUUCUCUGGUGGCGUGCUGCACCAGCGUCAUGCACAUUUUCAAAUCCAAGAAAUUCCAGUCGGAGAAGUUGGAGCGGCUCUACCAGCGCUACUUUUUCCGCCUCAACCAGAGCAGCCUGACCAUGCUCAUGGCGGUGCUGGUGCUGGUCUUCACCGUCAUGCUGGGCUUCCACUGCUCCGGUGGGGCGACGGGGCCGAGCGUCACGUUCGUGGUGGUGUUUUCCGUUGCCAUCUUCCUCACACUCGUGCUCAUGGUGGUGUGCAACAGGAACGGCUUCCAUCAGGACCACAUGUGGAUUGUGUGCUAUGUGGUCAUCCUGCUGGUGCUGGUGAUCCAGGUGAUCGGGGUGCUGCUCGUGCAGCCCAGGAGCGCGUCGGAGGGCAUCUGGUGGACCGUGUUCUUCAUCCAUGUCAUCUACACCCUGCUGCCUGUCAGGAUGCGCGCCGCGGUCAUCACUGGAGUUAUUCUGUCCGCCAUCCACGUGGCUGUUUCCUGGAUGUUAAACGGCGUGGACAGCUUUCUGUGGAAACAGAUAGUGUCCAAUGUGCUAAUCUUCUCCUGCACCAACAUCGUGGGGGUGUGCACACAUUACCCCGCAGAGGGCUCCCAGAGGCAGGCCUUCCAGGAGACCAGGGAAUGCAUCCAAGCUCGCCUUCACUCCCAGAGGGAAAACCAGCAGCAGGAGCGUCUCCUGCUCUCAGUGCUUCCCCGCCACGUUGCCAUGGAGAUGAAAGCCGACAUAAACGCCAAGCAGGAGGACAUGAUGUUUCACAAGAUCUACAUCCAGAAGCACGACAACGUCAGCAUCCUGUUUGCAGACAUCGAGGGUUUCACCAGUCUGGCCUCCCAGUGCACAGCGCAGGAGCUGGUGAUGACUCUCAAUGAGCUUUUCGCCCGUUUUGACAAACUAGCAGCGGAGAACCACUGUCUGCGGAUCAAGAUCCUGGGCGACUGUUACUACUGUGUGUCGGGGCUGCCGGAGGCGAGGGCCGACCACGCCAGCUGCUGCGUGGAGAUGGGGAUGGACAUGAUUGAGGCCAUCUCGCUGGUACGGGAGGUGACUGGGGUGAACGUGAACAUGCGAGUGGGUAUCCACAGCGGCAGGGUGCACUGCGGAGUGCUGGGCCUCAGGAAGUGGCAGUUUGAUGUCUGGUCCAAUGACGUCACAUUAGCCAAUCAGAUGGAAGCUGGGGGCCAAGCUGGGCGUAUUCAUGUGACCAAGGCCACUCUGAACUAUCUGAACGGGGACUAUGAUGUGGAGGCAGGAGAUGGGGGAGAGAGAAACGCCUACCUGAAGAAGAACAACAUCGACACCUACCUCAUUGUGGGCAGCAGUCAGAAAAGGAAAGAGGAGAAGGCGAUGAUCGCCAAAAUGAACCGACAGAGGACCAACUCUGUCACCCACAACAGCGGCCACUGGACCGACCGGCCUUUCUACAACCACCUGGGCGGAAACCAGGUCUCCAAGGAGAUGAAGAGGAUGGGAUUUGAAGACCCCAAGGACAAGCAUUUCAAUUUCAGAAACGCACAGGAAAACCUAAACCCAGAGGACGAGGUGGACGAGUUUCUGGGCCGGGCCAUCGACGCGCGCAGCAUCGACCGCCUGCGCUCCGAACAUGUCAAGAAGUUCCUGCUCACCUUCAGAGAGCCCGACCUGGAGAAGAAGUAUUCCAAACAGGUGGACUCCAGGUUCGGAGCCUACGUGGCCUGCGCCUCCCUCGUCUUUCUCUUCAUCUGCUUCAUCCAGAUCGUCAUUGUGCCUCCCUCCAGUCUGAUGAUCGGCUUCUUCAUCACUUGUCUCGUUAUCCUCACGGCGGUGAUGUUCGUCUCCGCUGUUUACUGCUGUUUCGGGCUGUUCCCUGUGGCCCUGCAGACUCUCUCCAGGAAGAUAGUCCACUCCAGACUGAACAGCACGCUGGUGGGCGUCUUCACCAUCAUCAUCGUCUUUCUGUCUGCUUUCGUCAACAUUUUCACCUGCAGCAGCCACGACCUGCGGAGCUGCAUCACAUCAGAACUCAACAUCAGCCUGGGCAGCGUGGACGCCUGCCACGCCCGCCUCCUCAACUACAGCCUGGACACACAACACAGCCCCUGUGUGGACGACAGCCUCAUCUGCAGCUUUCCUGAGUACUUCUCGUGCUGCGUGCUGCUCAGUCUGCUCGCCUGCUCGGUGUUCCUGCAGGUCAGCAGCAUUGGGAAACUCUUCCUCAUGCUCUUCAUCGAGCUGCUCUACCUCCUCAUCAUGGAGGUGCCCAAAGUGAGCCUCUUCGACAACCAGGACCUGCUGGUCAUGGCCAAUGCCAUCAACUUCGCUGAGCACAUGAAUGGAACAAGCUGUGUGGUGGACCUGAAGGUUCCUCUGAAGAUCAUGACCCCGGUGGUCAUCACCGUCUUCGUCCUCGCUCUCUACCUCCAUGCUCAGCAGGUGGAGUCCACGGCCAGACUUGACUUCCUGUGGAAGCUGCAGGCCACAGAGGAGAAGGAGGAGAUGGAGGAGCUGCAGGCCUACAACCGCCGCCUGCUCCACAACAUCCUGCCCAAAGACGUGGCCGCCCACUUCCUGCAGCGCGAGCGGCGCAACGACGAGCUCUACUACCAGUCGUGUGAGUGCGUCGCCGUCAUGUUCGCCUCCAUCAGCAACUUCUCCGAGUUCUACGUGGAGCUGGAGGCCAACAGCGAGGGGGUGGAGUGUCUGCGGCUGCUCAACGAGAUCAUCGCCGACUUCGAUGAGAUCAUCAGCGAGGAUCAGUUCCGUCAGCUGGAGAAGAUCAAGACCAUCGGCUCCACCUACAUGGCGGCGUCCGGCCUCAACGACUCUACAUACGACAAGGUCGGGCGCUCGCACAUCCGCGCUCUGGCCGACUACGCCAUGAGGAUGAUGGACCAGAUGAAAUACAUCAACGAGCACUCCUUCAACAACUUCAAAAUGAAAAUAGGUCUGAACAUGGGUCCUGUAGUUGCCGGGGUGAUCGGGGCCCGGAAGCCUCAGUACGACAUCUGGGGCAACACGGUGAACGUGGCGAGUCGCAUGGACAGCACCGGUGUGCCGGAGAAGAUCCAGGUGACCGCAGACCUGCAACAGGUGCUGAGCUCCUAUAACUACACACUGGAGUACAGAGGGUUGGUCACAGUCAAGGGCAAAGGAGAGAUGAUGACCUAUUUCCUGACCAGCGGACCCCCCAGCAGCUAACACUACACUGAACCACCAACAAGACACGUGGGGGUUAAGCGCCUUAACUCUGCCUCUGUCGCAGCGAGCAGCCUCAUGGACCUCUGAUAGCUUACUGAGACUAACUGAAGCUUCUCACAGCCUCUUCUUCUGGGGCCACAGCGAGGACAAAGGAGGACGAACCUCAUCCCCAAAGCUCAGCCUGCGGAGGAGACUUGAGCGGGAGAGGCCUGGCGAGCCCCGACUCUGACGUUGACACCAAAGAUGUCCAAUCAGAGCGCACGGACGGACAGAUUUCACCAGCUUCGCGAGGCCCUGAAGGAAAUAAAUGUUCUCCGAGAAAUUUUGACUUGCUUUCAUCUGCCAGACGGGUUUGGACGAACCUGCAGGAAGACACAAACUAUGUCGCUUCCUCUUUCAUUCUGCCUUUCUCCUGCUGAAGUACACGUAAAACACACAGUUUUAUGUGUCAUGUAUACGAUGCUCUGUACUGUAUGUAAAACACAUGUUGUCGUGACGCAGGUACAUAUCUCAAAGUGUGGACACUCAGCCAGCACCGCAGCACUACCUGUCAUUUUCUGAUCAUAUCAGCAGCUCAUUGAUUAGCGGAGGAGUUGCACUAAGUUGUAUCUCAUCAGUGAAGUGUGAGGACGUCCCUCAGAGGCCGAUUGGACGUUUUUUUGUAAACACAGUUGGACGACACUCAGCGGUGUUUACAGAGCGCUCCCCGUCAGACGUAGGAAAUCACAAACUCACACCACAGUAUCAUCAGCGUACAUAGAGAACACACUAAGAGGAUGUCAAUGAAGAGCUUUUUCUAAUCUUCGACAUUUUGUAUUUUGACUUCAGAACACCAAACCCCUAUCAGAUAUUUUAAGAUUCUAUAUUUUGUACAUUAAUAUAUUAGAGAGCUAUCUAUAAAACACCAACGUGUAUUCAGAUGUACAUACUCUAACCACGGCCGCGUUGGGAUUUAGGACAUCCUCGCUCGUGUUGCCUGGUCUUAACCUGGAGCCACAGCUGAUGCAGCGUUAACUUCAGCAGAUCGACGCCCCUAAACGCCCGUUUGGAUUUUUUUCUUUUCUCGCUCUUUUCACCGAAUUGAGCGCGUUUUCUUUUUUACCUGCAGGAAGUCGACCGUUCGCUGAUUAGACGGCGUUUCUGAUGUUUUCCCUUCAGCGGUGCGUUUAAAUCUCACAGCGAGGAAGGAAGUGUCAAACCGAGCGAGGGCGCACUUUGAAUGAGGAGAGGACGAGGAAUGCAUCGCCCUCGGUGCUCAAAAAGCCAUUUUGCGCUCCGGUGCGUUCAGCCGUCCACCCCCUUCCUGCACCGCUCCACAUCCCCCAGCCCCUCUUCUUGCUCGCUCAAUCAGAUGGUACGACCCAAUGAAUGUCCAAUGAUCUCCAAUGAGGCCUUUAAAAUGAACUCUAUACUAAUGACGCUGACGAUGCUCAUCCUGUGGACAGGGAAAGACGAGCCCGUUUGGAAAUGUGCCCUUUUAUCUGCUGUCGUUUUUUUGUUUUGUUUUUCUUAUCAGAGCAGUUUUCUUCAGUAUUACGUCACUCAUCAUGUUAUCCAACAAACUGUCUUUAACAUGGUCCUGUCAUGGAUUUUUUGUGAUUGUCGGCAAUGUUGCGACAAAACACUGGUUCUGUUUUUCUCGGCUGAGUUUGUAGAUCGAGGAAAUGAGCAGAUUUAACGUGGAAGUGUAAAGGAUCAGGCCGUCAUUAAUCCAAUAUGUAUUUUUUUCAUUGUCAACAUUUCUCAUGAAAAAAACAAAAUCACCUUCAAAUGUUACUUGUUGACUUCCCGACCUUUUCUCUAACCCUGUUUAUUUGUGAAGUCUUAAACACACUGUAGUUAUUGUUGAGCAUUAUUCAAACAGGAGUUAAUAGAACAUUUAUUGGGACUUUGUGUUAAUAACACAUUUGUUGCUUUUCAUUAGUAAAUGUUUCUUCCAGGAUGUUGCAUGUAGGAUUGACUUACAAUUAAAUACAAUAUAUGGAGGCAUAAAUGCUUUUUUAAUUUCUUUUAAAUGGGAUCUAUUAAUAACCGGAUCAAACUUUAAGGGUUUUUAGAAACAAAUAACAGUGAAUGAAUUGGCUUUGAUUGGUUUUGUUGAUAGAUACUAGUCAGUAAGUGAAAAUGAUAAUUAACCAUGAUAAGACAGUAAGACAGCAGGUGGACUUUGAUUGGCCAGAUGCAACAUGUUGGCAGACGUUUGGCCAAUCAGAGCCUCCGCUGGGUUGGACUUGAAUUUUAGGUGGCGCUGAUAUGUAUGGUUGGAUGGAAAAUGAUAAGCAGACAUGUCAAUCAACGGAAUUGCAAAAAUAAAAGAAUUAAAAAAAUUAUUCUCUAAUUUUAUUCAAAAAUUGAAUUAAUUAAUCUUUUUAAGUCAGAUUUAUUAGUUCACUGAGUUUAAAAAUGCAUGAUUAAAUUAUCACCAUGACAAUAGAUCUGUAUCAACUGAUUUUAAUUUAAAAAACAGCUCCCUUGUUCAAUGUGACAGCAGAGGAAUAAGAUAAAUCCGGGUUUUACACAGGGAUCCAUUCAUUCUUGAUUUUGGUCUUUUCUUGGGGUUUGUUGACAGUUUAAAAAAAAAGUAAAUCAGCACCAGUUUCCUGUUUGAAAAUAACGAGAGGAACUGGUCACUUUGCUUUGAGCCUGAACAACAGAACGUCUGCACCGGUGGUUUCUGUUUGGUUACUGCACUGCUGCAAACCAUCAUCACACACCACUCGUUCAACCUUCAGUGUGAUCCCGUCAGACUCACUGAAUGCGGUGCUUGUUCUGUGAGCACCUGUUCUGUUUUUUUUCUACUGUUGAUUGUGCAGGAACGUGCCAUUAGAAAUACACAGGGGCUCAUAGAGGAGGCCCGGACGUGAGGUGGAGGCUGCAGCUGGUCUUUACCUUCUGUGCAGCCGAGGAGCCUCGUGGUGACUUUGACACGGUGACGCAGCGUCUGUGGCAAAAACAGCUGGAGAGACGAGAGCGUGGGUUGUUUUUGUUGUCAUGCCAAACACUAUGCUCUUUUUUUACAGUUUAAAUAAACUGCUGAGAUUCUUCACAGGUA